CACGAGUGGCCGAGCAGCAGAGGAGGCGCUCACUUCCGCGUCGGCCCCGCGGCGUCCGGCGGCUGCGCCGAUUGCCCGGCGGGCUGCAGAGGGGACAGGACUGCCAUUGUUUUGCAAUUUCUGAAAGUGUUUUGAGGUAAAAAUUCAGUUGUCGGUGGGAGCAAUGGACGGCCCCAAGGCAGAAGAAGAGGUGUUAGAUAUUCUGCGGCUGAACGUGGGUGGCUAUCGUUAUACAGCCAGGCGACAGUCCUUGUGCCGUUUUAAGGACUCAAUGCUAGCGUCCAUGUUCAGUGGUCGCUUUCCUCUAAAAACAGAUGAAUCAGGGGCUUGUGUUAUUGACCGCGAUGGCCAUCUGUUUAAAUACCUUUUGGAUUAUCUUCACGGAGAAGUUCACGUUCCCACAGAUGAACAGACCCGGGUUGCUCUGCAGGAAGAGGCUGAUUACUUUGGCAUCCCUUAUCCUUACAGCCUAUCUGACCACUUGGCCAAUGAAAUGGAGACAUAUUCUUUAAGGUCAAAUAUAGAACUUAAAAAGGCUUUAACAGACUUCUGUGAUUCGUAUGGUUUAGUUUGCAAUAAACCAACAGUUUGGGUUCUCCACUAUCUAAACACAUCUGGUGCAAGCUGUGAGAGUAGAAUUAUUGGUGUAUAUGCUACAAAAAGUGAUGGAACAGAUGCUAUUGAUAAGCAGCUGGGAGGAAGGAUUCAUAGUAAAAGCAUUUUUAAAAGAGAGGCUGGAAAUAAUGUUCAGUACAUUUGGAGCUAUUAUUCAGUAGCAGAAUUGAAGGAAAUGAUGGAUGCCUUUGAUGCCUGGGAGGGAAAAGGUGUCAGCUACUGGCGAGUACCUCAUGAGCUGAUAGAAUGCUGGACUCUGGAGGAGCGGCCUUUGCUUGGAAGCAUGCGUCAUAUGGCCCCAAUUAGAAAGAGGCGACUGAUAGCCUUCAAUGAAGAGGAAGAAGAAAGUAUGAACUCUAAGACUGGUCCUAAGCCAGUCAGGUUUUUGGGACCUUCCACCAGCACCCAAAUUAAAGUCAAGAACUCAGCUUCAGUCAAGGUUUCUCCAGUCAGUGCCCUCCAGACCAGUUCCCGGGCAGCAAACCCAUCUCCAGGUGCCAGGGGAGCUCUGAAGGCCCAGUCUGUUGCGGGCCUGGGGACACCUGGGCCUGGCAGUGCUGAAAACGGAGCUGCACACCCACCUCCAGCUAAGGUUCUGCUCUCUGAGAAGAAGGCCACCCCCCACCGAGUGAUAAAACUGAAACGAACUCCGCUGUGCGCCACUGGGCCUUCCCCUCCUGCCUGCACAGCCACCAGUUCCACAGGUGCCCCAGAGUCACCCCUCGAUGCCGCCGCCCCCGGUGCCUUGAACCGGACUGAAAAUGGGCAGGGCCAGGCUGAUUGACAGUCACAGGACUCCAGACUUGAAUGUGCCUCCCAGUGCCUCCACAUGGCCUCAUGCAUUAGGCAGCACUAAUGCAUUGCUGCACUAGAGGUGAACACUUAUGUUUCUAAGUAGGAUAAUUAUGGGAAAAAUAAAUGGCGUGAUGUAGUAAGUAAGGGAGGAGGGAGACUUUAAAGUGGUUGGGACUCUAUUCGCUUCUCAUUUUCCCUACUUGUAAGUGAUUAUUUGUCUAUGGAUAGUUUGAAUUUCAGGUUUUGAGUUUUUUUAAGUGGGUCAUUGGUGUUACUGCAACCAAACAGUAGAGCAGAAUCGUCCAUCUAGAGAAGUCCACUUUGUUGCUGAAAGAAUUGAUAGGCUCUACGCACUUUUGUAAUAUCUCCUGCGCCCAGGCAUAGGAGUGAGGUUUGGGCUUGGAGAUAUCUGCGUGGUCAAACAAGGGUGCUCUUAGUGCUUUCCGGAGCUGUGUCACAGCCAUGAGAGGUGUGUGAGAAAGUGCACAUCAAGGCGAAUCUCUGAAAGUUACUUUCAGUUUCCAAAGGCCACGUGAAAAGAAAUGGUGGGAAGGGGGGAAAAGUCAGUCAUUUAGCACGUUCUCACGUAACUGAAAUACUUAGGUCCUACACUGACUUCUCUUACUCUUCCAUUAGCAGGUUUCUUUGUGCAUCACAGGGAGAUUUCUUGGCAUAGGAAUUAUAUAACAUGUCUUUGGAGUGAUUUCUUUAAGUCUUUUACUUUGAGUAUUGCAAUUUUGAAAAAAAAGAGAAGUUACAAGUUUUAGCUUUUUGACUAAAGUUAAUAUUUGUUUUCAGAAAUGACCACUGAAGAGUCAUUCUGGUUAUAUAACCUGAUUUUUUAUGCAUAAAAUUUCCAUGUAACUUGAAUUUAAUAUUUUUAAACAGAAUAUUUUGAUUAAUCCUCUAUUUUUCCACAACUACUCAGUUGUGUGUGUUUACUCUCACAUGUUAUGUUUUAUAAUUGGGCCACAUAAUCUCUACCAUCAGUGAGCAGUAUGCCUUCAGUGUGUUAAAAGUAAGUUCAUAAAGCAGGGUACUUUUUACUCAAUGCUCAUCAUUGUACUUGCAUUGCUUUGAAAGAGUAAAGUAAAUAUGCUCAACACACUACUUUUUAUAAAAUAAAGUAAAAACUUUUCCAUAAAAAGUGACCUUUUCUGUGACUGUAAUUAUUUCUAAACUUUGUGUACUAUAUAAAAUAUAUAGUCACCUUUGAAAAAUACUAUUGUAGUGAAUCCAGGCAUUCUGAAAAAUCAAAGAACGUAGUGAAUAUUGGAAAACUUCCAAUCAGGACAUUGUUUGUAUUGCUUUAUCUAG